AUGGACAACCAGCCAGAGCCCAACGAGCCGUGGCUGGUCCUCCUUCCUCUCCUCAUUGUUCUUUCUACUUUUCUCUUUCUUCUCCUUCUUUUCUUGCUAUGUAUCCUCCUCCUACGCAGGCGCCGUUCCAUCAUCCUACGCGAUUCCGAUGGACCCAUAGACAUGAGCAGGGAAGACCUCAUCCAUGGCGAAGGCGGCUUUGAAGGUGUCGAGUCACGGUGGCUGGAGAGCGUCCCAGAAAAUGCUCGGAGAGACUAUGUAAGAGCCAGAGAUUAUCAGCUGCAAUACCCUCCAAAUUCCCUUCCAACGGACAUAACUCUAUCCCAGUUCCUAUCCAUCCAGGAAAAGGGAGUUUCGGCGUGGUGCUUUGAGCCAGAUUACGAAACCGUAAACUCCCUACUCGUGCAUGCAAGAACCGAAAUUACCUUUCUUCCUGAUCCCGCUUCGUCGUCAUGCGUACAGUCAAAUCUACCCCUUCCAAAGCUGAAUGAGGUUUACUACUGGGAGAUUAAGAUGUUUGAUCUUCCUCCGACAACUAAUGUCGCCGUCGGUCUAGCGACAAAACCUUAUCCUCCCUUCCGUCUUCCUGGUCAGAGCCGAUACUCUGUUGCCUACCUCUCCAACGGUGACAAGUCGCACAAUUAUCCGUUUACUGCAUCAUCGUUUAACGCAUCCCUAAAGGAGGGCGACAUUCUAGGUGUCGGAUAUCGCCCCAGAACAGGCACGGUCUUCUUCACUAGGAACGGCCGUAAACUGGAUGAUGCGUAUGUCGGCCUCAAUCGAUUCAAUCUCUUUCCUACCAUUGGCGCCGACGGUCCCUGCAGCGUUCAUGUUAACCUUGGGCAGGGAGGCUUCGUAUUCGUUGAAGCCAACGUCAAGAAAUGGGGUCUUGCGCCAAGUGUUGGUACUCUGGCACCCCCCCCGGCUUAUGGGAGCGAACGUGGGAGUAUUCUGCUUGAUGUCGGUGGUCGCAUCAGACUACCAAGUGAUGGUACACCGCCAAGCAGUCCUGGCGCCUCACCGUCGCGCCGUUUACAUCGUACUCGUCGACCACGACAGCCGCCGAGCGAGCCCAUUGUGUCGUCACCACUCAGGACGUCAGAGCUGUUUAGUCCGCCGCCACCUAUUACACCCGUCGACGAGGAGCAUGGUGAGACCGUUUCGUCAUCGCGGAGAUACAUUUCACCCACAGAUUUACCUUUCCAUGUGCCUCCAAAUACUAAUCUUCCUCCUACGCCUGGCGAUUCUGAUAUCCACCCAGAUGUAGAUGACGAGAGCGGUCGUUCACUACGCUCCUCGCCUACCACCUCAUCGAGAUCGCUAUCGCCCGAAGGUGCGCGAAACCCAUUUACGACGCCUCGUCGUCACCGUUACUCGCUCACUCAUAUCGCGGCGUCCUUAUCCGACUCAGGAUCCUCAGACGUGACAGUCCAGGUACAUCUGCCUCCUGAGUCUCCUAUGAGCUCUGCCAAUCCACCGACGCCUAAUCGCCGUGAUAUCCAUUUGCAGGCGCUGUCGUCAAAUAGGCACCGACCGGGUAGUCCGGAGAGUGGAAUUGUAAGCGAUGGAGAUGACGAUGACAGACUGAGGAGUCGAAGCUUGUCCAGGCGAGACCCUCCUGCCUAUUCACCGUUGGAUGCGUUCACCUACGCUGACGGGGUUCACAUCGACUUACCCGCUGAAUUUAUCGCUGCAGCUUUGGAAGGAAAUGCUAUACCUGCCAGUGCGCUGGGGCAGGCUAAUGGGUCACGAGAUAGGCGACGCAGUCGAAGGCAUUAA